CCGGGAGGGUGCAGGGGCCCGAGCCCACAUCGGAGAAGUAUCACUAAGGGCCUGCAUCGGCCUUGCCCCUUCCCUGCUCAACUAAGACCCCUCACUCAGGGUGGGGUCUGGGCGGCAGUUAACACUUCUCCGGCGGACGCAAAGCCAAAGAAAGCACCGCAUUCAACGCCAGUCCGAAACCGUUCGCGCCGAACAGUCCCCAGAACAGACGGGCGAGAGACUCCCGGCUGGAGUGGACUGUGAUGGGAAGGGCUCCGCGGUGAGCGGCCGCCAGAGAGCGGGGAGGGGAGCUCCGGGCAGUGCGGACGCGCGUGCAGACGAGCCCCGCCCCGGGCGCCCUCCCUUCUUCCCCCCUGUGCGCGGGGCCGGGGCACGCCAGGCGGCUGCGGCGCGAACCUGCUCGCGCAAACCGGAGCAGCUCGGGGCAGCCGUGCGUGAAGCCAGAACCCCUGGCCGAGAAGAGGCCAAGGGGCGGGAACGGAGCUGACAUCAACCCUCUCCCUUCAAGGAGGGAAGUGCACGCGCGGCGCCCGCGUAGCUGACCCGGGUUCGGGGAGGUGGGGAGAAGGCUGUGAGCGGAGUUAGGGGGCGGGGCAGCAUGGGGUUGGGCGGUGCGAACUAAGGGAAUAAGGGGAAGGGGGCGUGUUUUCCGGGAUUCGGGACCUAGAAGGUGGGGGGUACUCGGGGACGGGCAGAUGGCCGGGAGCUCCCGGGAAAGUAAAAAGAGGGGCGCGCGGAGGGCGAGCUCUGGGCUUGGGGCUCCCACAGGUCGGGGAAUAAUGCAAGGAGGAGAAAAAGACAGAGCUCAGGGAUACCAGGGGACGCGGGCAGCGGCGGCUUCUUCAAGACACCGAGGGAGAAGAAGGGACGGGAAGGGGGGUGGGGAGGAUGGUACUUCCACCCGCCCCCCUCCAGCCCGGGGGCGUGGCGCCGCCCCGGCCCUCCCACUCCCCCGGACCAUCCAGGUUGGGCCUGGCUGGGCCAGACUCGGCCCCCGCACACCUCCCGGGCCUCCGGCGCCGUCCCGCGUACCACCCGCCCCAACCGCCUCCGGUGGAGAAGGAGUAGGCGCAAGGCCCACACGUCCCUCAAACUUGUUGCAAGUUCACUCCCACGCCUCCCGCCCCUUCGACUCCCAGCUCCGGAGCCGGGAAGGCCCAUGCCCGCCCCGGCCCCUCCCGCCUGGUUACAUAAGGUCGCAGAGAAGCCAGCCGCCCCCGGCCCGGGCCUGCAGUGAGGGGCCGGAGGAGUUCCUGGGCUCGGCGGGCAGCGCCACUCCGGCCAUGUGCCCAGCGUCUCGGGCUAGACGGACAGCGGGGCGGGUGGCGGCGCGGCGCACACACUCCCUGUCCCCUCUUCAGCCGGCACCCCCAUCCACCCACCUGUCUCCCGGACCCACAGAAUCAGGGCGGGGGAGCCUGGGUCCGGGGUUCCCAGCCUUCCGCUCACCCUUUGGCCCUCGGUCCCUCUCACCUAUCUCUGAAGGUCAAUCCGUCCGCCGCCUGUCCCCCGCGGCUCCGGCAACUUGUCCCAAGUUCAGGUGUCCGGCCCGCGAGCUGCGCCUGCCGCCCCCUCCCGGACUCCUCCGGCUCCACGCCACCGGGAAGGCCCGCCCUGCCCGCCCUUUCACGCUGCCGUCGGCGCCGCCGCCGCUCCCUAUGUCCAGCCCGCGGCCGCCGCCUCCGCUGUCACCGAGCCCCGCGCCCGGCGCCAGGGCUCCCACUGUCAAUCCGCACCCACUUCCCGCCGCGCCCGGCAGAGGGCAGCACACGCCCCCCCGCGGUCCCGCCCCGCCCUGCUCCGCCCCUCGAGGGCCUACCGCGGCGCCCGCGGGGAAAUGUAGUCCCUCCCGUCGGUUCUGCCAGGCACGCCGGGAUUUGUAGUCCCACUCUGUGGGCCCUGGCCUGGGUAAGGGGGACUUGGCAUUUAACUUGGAACUUAUGUCGCACUUCGUUUCUGCCCCUUUUGCAAGUUUUUUUCUCUUCUCAGUCAGUGAUGCCACGCACUCCAGCUCCCUAUGUACACCCUGUGGCCUCUCUGACCCCAAGGAGAGGCCUGCAGGAGGCUGUCUUGCCUGGAGUCUAGGAAGGAUAUAGGGUCCCAGAUAGUGUGCUGUUGCUAUAGAAACUACUGCAUGGCAAACCUCAGUUUCCCUCAUGUUUGGGAGUGGAAUGCCAGACUUGGAUCUCGUGCUUUCACCCCUGCACCUGAACAUAAGGGACAAGGCUGGGGUCAGGCUGAUCAAGGACAGCAUGGAAAAAUAUGUCCAAGGAGCCUCCCUCCCUCCCAUUAUGAGUUUUCCAAUUAUACCCCUCCUCAAGCCUCAUCAGUCCUACCUGGCUGGUGACCCCCACCACCAUGCUGCAGGGAAACAUUUUGCAGAUCUACUUCAUGUCAUUCCCCUGUUGGAAGUUACAUAGCUCUGAGCUACCCUUCUCUGCUUUCCCCACUUCCUCCUCUGCCCAGUACCACGUAGCCCCAGAUCUGUGGGUCUUUGGCGGGUGGCUCCUAAGGAGAACAGGAAUGAAAUCUAGAGGGAGAAAACAUCUCUUGUUCACUUCGUUACAACAAAUGGGCUUGAUUUCCCGGUGAUUCCAAGUAGCUAUUGCUCUUGUCCACAAUUAAGGGCCAGCCCUUCUUCAAACAGACCCUUGGGGCGUAAGGGUCUAGGUGUAAAUAUGAUCAGUUUCACUCAACCCAGACCUUCUGACGCCCUCUUGGAAACAGGUUCUGGUAGCAUCACCCUCCUCCCGGAAGGACCCAUGAUUGCCACGAGUGCACACAGGCAUCCAGCAUCUCUCAGAAAUUCCCAUGCAAACCUGAUCACAGAGACAAGCUGUGAAGAGACUCCAAGCUCUGAGGGGAGCUGCUUUACAGGCCACAACUGCCCUCUAAAAACAACACGCUGGCCAACAUGGAAAAGAACUAUUUAUUAUGAGAGAAAAUCCAAAAUCUAGAAAAAGAAGGCUGAGUCCAGAGAAGAAGCACACAGAGAAGCUCGGGGUGGGGGAUCUAGAGGAAGAAGGGAGCCCAGGCAUCCAGGCACUCAGUCUAGGUGGCAACGGCAAAGCCCACCCUCUUGUUGCCAAUGUCGAAGAUGGAAUAGUAGGACCUGAGGAAGACGUCCCCGAGGAUCCACAGGGGCUGGCCACUGCUAGAGGGCAGCCUCGUGCCCGAGAAGGGGUUUGGAAUCGGUGGGUGGACAACGUGAGGCAGCAUUGCCAGGAGCUGGGAAAUGGCACGUGGUGAGGAGACCCAGCGCUUCCGGCUCCCAGCCCCUCCUCACACCCAGUCACAUCCCUGCAGACUUACUCUGAAGAGCAUCUCCGUCUGACCUCCCAUGAGACGGUGAGGUCUGUGAGGUUCCAACCCGGCUCAGAGCCCCAGGGACAGUCCCCACGUCCCGGGGCAGGGAGCAGCCUGCCACGUGGCUCACCCUUAGAGUGUCAUAGCCGUAAAUGCCGCGGAGGCCGCCACUGCCGUAUCGCACGGAGAAGAUCUGCCCGUUGCUGGAGGAGACUCUCAAUGAGAACUUCGUGAAGAGUGGAGAGAGUGGAAGAGAAAGAUUAUUGUAGAUGCUGGUGGGAGGGAAUGGCCUUGUCUGCAGUGAACAGAAUGGAGCAGAGAGAAGUGGGCCGGACCGACCAGAAGGGUCAGGCUGGAGCAGGUGAAGGAACCCUCUGCACACAUGUGGGUGAGAGGGAAGGCAAAGUAAUCACCCAGCUCCACGGCGGCCUCUUCUCCUCUCUGUCUUGCACACACCCCUUGAUCCUGGCCAAGUCCCUGACUCUCAGGAUGGAAGUGCCCCGGCCUCACAGUCCCUCACCAGCCACCUGUCCUUGCAAGCCCAGCACUUACCACAGGCCUGGCUCUGGCAGUGGACAGAGGGCACCCACAGGCUGGAUGAACCAGUAUCAAAAAGGACAAGGAAGUUCUGCGGAGGAGUCCCAAUGCUGAUCUCACCAAGGAGGAAAGCAAUCCUGCCAUCCGGGGUCUGUUUGGACAACCACCAACAGAAUUAAGUCUGCAGAAAGGCAUGCGGCCCCAAGUUAAAGAUUACAGGGGAAAACCCCAGGAUGCUGAAGACAAUGAAAACAAAGCCCAAGAGAAGAAGGAAUGAAUUAGCCCGCGCAAUCCCAAGGUGUGCGGCCUCUGCUUUUGUUACCAGAGAUAGCAUCACUCACACAAAUUGCUGAGAUGUUUUGCAGAUCCAGACCAGGGAAGGGAAUGACCACCCAGUCACAGUUGAUGAAACCGGACAGACCAGGGCCGGAAAGACAAGUCAAUCAGUCCUGAAGUUGACCCGAUCCCUGACCCAUCAGAAGAACCCACGACUCUCAGCCCCCUACCCUGCGUGCAGCAUUAGCGCCCCGUUCUCUGAGUGGUGUAACACCAGUAAAGAGGCCUGUCUUUCUUCACCAUGAA